CUGGCUGAAAACUUUAGAGAUUAUUUUCAUACCAACAGUUACAGCGCUUUUCUUUCCUUUCUUCUUUUUUUUUUAACAUCUUUUUAAUUUCAAGUAUAAAUCUAUCUUUACGUUUUCAAAGCAGAGGCUCGGCGGCCAUCUUUAAUCAAGGUAAUGUUGAAGAAAAGCAGGGUGCCGCAAUCCAGGAGAGUAGAAAUCCUGUCUCUGUUUCAAAGAUACACAGAAGGCCUCCCUACUUUACCUGCGAGUGCUCUGCUGACGUUUCUCUGUAAGGAACAAAUGGAGCUCACAGCGAACAAAGACACGGCGGAGGAUCUGAUCGACAGAUAUGAGAUUGAUGAGGCAGCUGUAGAAAGCAGGUGCAUGACGUUCGAAGGCUUCCUCAGAUAUAUGGAGUCCAAAGACUGCUGCGUGUUCAACCGGAUUCACAAGACGGUGUACCAGGACAUGGACCAGCCUCUCACUAGCUACUUCAUCUCCUCGUCUCACAACACCUACCUGACCGGAGAUCAGCUGGUCGGGAAAAGCCACCUGGAUGCGUAUGUUAGCGCGCUGAGGAAAGGCUGCCGCUGUCUGGAGAUCGACUGCUGGGAUGGUCCAGACGCGGAGCCUGUAGUUUACCACGGCUACACCCUCACCACCAAGAUUUUAUUCAAGGAUGUCAUCAGAACUAUACAACAACACGCCUUUGAGGUCUCCGCCUACCCGGUGAUUCUGUCUCUGGAAAACCACUGCUGCGAGGAGCAGCAGCAAGUCAUGGCCAAGUACCUGACCUCCAUCCUGGGGGACAAGCUGCUGAAGAGUCCUUUAGAUCACCCAACCACCGGAGACCUCCCAAGCCCAAAUGACUUGAUGUAUAAGAUCCUGAUCAAGAACAAAAAGCUAAAGUCACAGCUUAGGAGCGAGGACAAGACAGAGGACAGUGCAGAUGAGGCUGAGGAUGCUGAUGAUGAGGAUGAGGACGAGGAUGAGGAUGAGGACAGCUUUCAAACUAAAGCAAAGUUCUGGUCUUCAAGAAGAACGGUUUCAAAGAAGAAAAAGGUGAAGGUGACCCUUCACCGGGCUUUAUCGGACCUGGUGAUUUACACGCGGUCUGUCAAGUUCAUCAGCUUCAGCCACUCCAGGGACAAUCAGAACUGCUAUGAGAACACAUCCAUGUCAGAAAAGAAGGCGCGCAAGCUCAUCAAGGUCUCAGGUUCCAGUUUUAUUCAGCACAAUCAAAGGUUCCUAAGCAGAAUUUAUCCAGCAGGCUCGAGAACGUCCUCAUCCAAUUACAACCCGCAGGAGUUCUGGAGCGUCGGCGCGCAGCUCGGCUCCUGUCACUCCGUCUGUCGUUGCACUUCCUCCUCAUCCGUCUCCAUCGCUCAUUCAGUGGCUCUGAAUUUCCAGUAUCCAGGCCUGUCCAUGGACCUCAACAACGGCCGUUUCCAAGACAACGGCGGCUGCGGGUACGUCCUGAAGCCAGCGGUGUUGAUGUCCAGUGAGAGGAGCUUUGAUCCCACCACCAGCUACCGCUACCUCAAACCCACACAGCUGGUGCUCAAGGUGAUAAGUGGGUCCAACCUUCCAGUCAUCAAAUCUCGAAACACUCUCGACCCAUUUGUCCGAGUGGAGAUUCAUGGGAUUGCAUUCGACUCCCGCAGUAAAAGCACUCACAUUGUCAAAAACAAUUCUCUGACUCCUCACUGGGACACCGACAUGAACUUUAGCAUCACCGUCCCCGAGCUCUGCCUCAUCCGCUUCUGCGUGCGUGACCAGAUGACCCUCUUCAAGAGCGAGUUUGUGGGCCAGUACACGAUGCCCUUCACCAGUUUGAAAAAAGGCUACCGCUGGGUGCCUCUCCUGUCCCGACAAGGAUACAGUCUGGAUCCGGCUUCCCUCUUCGUGUUGGUUUCGUAUUAGUGUCAAUCUAAGAUGGACUCUCUCACACACAGUUUAGAUACAAAGAUGGAUGGAUUAUCCAGCACCCAAUAAGAACAACAAAAUAUCAAUAAUUAAGUUACACAAUGCAUGAUUUUCUGAGAUAUAAAUAUACAUUUUAUUGACAAAAUAUGUAAAUCUCUAUUUUUACUGCUGGCUAAUAGAGUUACAGAAAAGAAACUGAUUGCAUACUGCUUGAAUUUCUUAAUCCAUACAUUAAAUCACAUACAUUUUCAUCCAAUAAUCACCUUGAAGAUAUAAACAUGGACUACAAA